AUGGCAGGAGGAAAGAGGAGAGCAGAAUGUGAAAAUGGAGAAGCUGCAGAAGAAACUCAUUACAGCAUUCAACACAAACAAUCUUCUACUAAUGAUCCGAGCGUGGAAAUUAUUUCAGAAAAUGAGGAAGUCGAAUCUUGUUUCAAUCACGAUUUUGAAUAUGUGGAUGGGCACAGGGUGAAAACUCAGUUUGCCCCUCUGCUCAGAGCUGUCUUCAACAAAUACGGCGACAUAAGUAGGGGCAACAAUGUCAAAUCCUCCAAGCUUGUGUCCAUCUUCCUGGAGCGGAUCUGCCAUGUGUAUGAAAGGGUAGAGCAGGCCGAUCUCACGCGUGCAGAGAUCCAAGGCAUGCUCUCUGAGCUCCGCCUAUUUGAGAGGCGCAAGCUGAAAGUGAGAUGGAUUGUUGAGAGACUGGAGUAUAAAUCCAUUGAAUUCAUGGAGAAGGAUUUGGAAGCGUAUGGAAGACAAGUUUGUUCACUACAGCGGAAAAUCUCAUCAAUCAGAGCACAACUACUAGAGAUGCACAAGGCUAGAAAUGAUCAAACAGAAGCAAAUCGCAGUGAGGCCGUGAGACGAUCCACCAGAUCAAGGAAGAAGCCGGACUGGCAUAAGGCUUUUUGCUUCUUAUACGAUACCUAG